AUGACGGAGUCUAAAUCUAAAUCACAAAGAGAUCAAUUUAUUACCAAAAUAAAUGAACCUAGUAUUCUGGGUAGCGAGUGGUACUGUAUGUACGAAACUGAUACCAAGGUCAACUUUUUAAGAGAACAUUUUGAAACUGCUAUGAUGAACGUUAUUCGUGAACCUAAUAUUAAUUCAACAGCAGUUUUAAGAGCAGAUAUUUUGAAGGAGAUUAAAUAUGAAAAUAGUAAAACGGAUGAUAAAAUAGAUCAUAAUGAAGAAAUAACAAUUGACAAUACUAAUAAUGAAGACUUUAAUAUUUCAGUAGCCGAUUCAAAACAAACUAAUAUAUUGGAUAUGGAACUCAGGAUUCCACAAUUAAGUGAAGAGCUUGAUUUUCAUACAUUUUUGGGUAUUGUAAGGCGUAUGGUCCCAAGAAAUCCAUAUAAAGAUGCAUUGAUUAAUCAAACUUGUUUAAUGAUGGAAAGUCCUGUAAGAUACCCAGAAAGUUCUUUGGUCAUUUACACACCACAUCUUGAUAAAAAAGAUGAUUGUCCAUUUUAUAUCCCAGCUGUUAAGAAUGUAGCUAUUUUGUUCCAUGAAGAACACCUCUCUGUUCAUUAUUUAUUUUUUAGUGAUGAACAAAUGAAACAAUUGAUACAAGAUGAAUCAGAAAGAAUCGUAAGAACAGCUUGGAGAUUAUUACAAACAGCAUACAAGCACUCGCGGGGUGUUAUGCAAGGUUAUGAAAAAAGAGUUAAUCAUGACCAAGUAGUAGAUAAAGUUAAGUUCCAAAAUCAAUACAUCACAAUUAAGAAAAAAUACUCACAAUUUUUAGUAGAAAAUUGGAAAGAAUCUACUGACCCAAAAAAGCAUGUUUUCGAAGAUAUCGCUAUUGCAGCAUUUUUGCUUGAACUUUGGAAUAAGAUAUAUGGUCCUGACUUUAAAAAUAAAAUGCAAUUCAGAGAUUUAGGAUGCGGCAAUGGUGUGCUGUGUUAUAUUUUAAUUGAGGAAGGAUGUAAAGGUAUUGGUAUUGAUGCAAGACAUCGAAAAUCUUGGGCGAUGUAUCCAACUACUGUUCGGAAAUGUCUAAAGGAACAAGUAAUUGUUCCAUCUGUAUUAUUACGUCCUCAUCCAGAUCUGAAAAAAAACAACCCAUACUUGACGCAUAAUAAUAAUCUAUUUCCGGUUAAGAUGACAUCUCAAGAUUUAAUUGCACCAGCAACAGUCCUUUUUACAAGUGAGGAUUUGUUAAACUCUCCGCAAGUUAAUGCUACGGAAUUUCCAACUGAUACCUUUGUCAUUGGUAACCAUUCUGAUGAAUUAACCUGUUGGAUUCCACUAUUAGGUUACAACUUUAUGAUUAUUCCUUGUUGUUCCCACAAUUUCUCUGGUCAAAAAAUUAGAUUCAAUGUUAGAAAACAACCAAAACCAGAUAAGCAAGCUUCGUCUGAUAAAAAUGCAAGCAGUAGUAAAAUAUCCAAUAGUACAUAUGCUGGAUUAGUAGAUCAUGUUUGUUACAUUUCUGAGAAAGUAGGCUGGAAGAUAGAAAAGGAAAUGUUGCGUAUCCCAAGUACUAGAAAUGCUGCUAUCAUAGGUUACAAAAAUGACAAGCUUUCUGAAUUUCCAACACAAGAAGUUUAUGAUAUGUUACAAGAAGACGGUGGUCCUUCUGGUUGGAUUCAUAACACAAUGCAAUUAAUGAAAAAAAAUCCAAGAAACCAUUAG